AUGUUUUAAUACAGCUGGGGUUUUGGCCUGGAACUAUUCGUGACAUGACAUAUGUAUUUCACCAAGAUCUCUUUCAUUUCUGGGAUAAUUUACAGAAGAUUGUUCCUGGAAUUUCUCAAAAUAGUUUUGUGAAAUCACUAGAAAUGUUUUCGAUACAAAAAGGGCGGAUGGGAACAAUUAACAGCAAAACAUUUGGUAGCUCUUUUCGUGAAUGGAAAUAUUGCCAAUAUGAAUUGAACAAACUACGGCAUAUUAACUGGAUGGAGUGCCCUGCAUGUGAACAGCAGCAACACUCCGUUCACAUGGAUGGUAACAUGAAACUUUAUCGGUACAAAUCUGCUGGGAUCAGGAAAAGAGAUUGCUACUAUGGAGAUGCUUUUAUUGCUUCAAAUGAAAAAGUUCAACAUCAUCUCUGUAAAAUUUACAAAAAAGGAAAGGAAAAGGUCACAGAUGAUUCUAAGUGUGGCGAUUCUAUUUGGCAUGCUGCUGGAAAUACUUUGAAGAAAAAGAAAAUUGUUGAUGAAACUGGGCUAGAAAUUGCUGGCUGUCGUCACAGUGUUGCCCAGCAUGCAGUUAGCAUGAAGCACGGAGAAGUGUAUGGCUAUGCACAUUAUAUGCAAAAGGAAUAUUACCUUCGUCGUACAACACAAUUCUUCUGGUAUGAUGUCAUCUGCAAGUAUUGGCCUUGGCUGUGUAAAAAUGAUGUAACCACAUCUCAAAAGAUGAAACCUGCUCUUUCCGUAAUGCAUGCCAAAGCACAUGCUUGGUAUUGCCAGGUUAUUUGGGGAGGGCGAUGGCAAGAUGGCGCUUCUGCAACAACAGGAGAGGAAGUAGAACAGAUUAACAGUCAUUUCUCGCGGUUAGGGUGCACUACCAAGCAUAUGUUACCUGAAGGACGAGAGGAAUUGCUGACUGAACAUGCACUGGAGUGGAAUAAAAGAAAAAUAACCAAACUGUCAAGUAUUCUUGCGAAAAGAUAUACAAAAGCUAAAGAUAAAACCGCCAUCAUGCAGAAAGAAUUAGAAAGCAUGUCAGAGAAACUUGAGUGUGAUCCAACAACAUUACAGAAAUGGAAAGAAGAUAUAUUUGACGCUGCUAAACUGGAUGAAAAAUCGAGAAAUAAAAGAUAUUCCAUAACUCCGGAGGAAAUGAAAUACAUAUGUCAUUUGCUCACAUUAGAUGUGUUAACGCCAAAAGAGAAGGCCUUGUUUGACGUUGCUGAAAAGAUUUAUAAGGAAAAAUCUAAACAGUUUCAGCCCAAGAUCUGUCGCAAUUAUUCCUUUGGUGAAGGUGUUUUAAAAAAUAAAUCUUUGGAAUAUUUGAGAUACAAUAUGGAAUUCCAUCAUAACGCGAUCUCUCAUCUGGCAUUUAACAUUGCAAAACUUGCAGAUUCUUCGAAGCAACGAAAUAAGUUAAGGAGAAAGAUCAGCAAAGAGAAAGAGAGUAUCCAUUCUUUGAUUUCAAAUUAUAAUCGAAUUGCAGACGAACCGCUAAGCAACAUAGAAGAAAUUUUAAAUGGAAAGUUUCCAUGGAAUUCUUUCCAUGGACUUGCAUGAUGAACAGUUUAUAUAUUCUAACAACCAUGCAGUGAUUUUGGUGGAAAACACAUUAAAUUAACCAGCAAUUUGUCUCUUAAAGCAUCAUUUUCGCCUCUUAAGUUUGGCGCAGAAAUU